GCAGGGCCGAUGCGCCAUAGCUGAGGUGGCCGCUGGAAGGAGAAGUCCGCCAUAGCGAACCUGAGGAGGAGAAGAUGGCCGCCAUCCUGCAAGAGAGAAAAGAAAAGAAGGAAGCCAAGAAGAAGGCCCUGCAGGAGGAGCACGCGGCAAAGUUGAGAAAGAUGAUGGAGGGGAUGGCUAGAGAAAAAGAGAGGUUGAAGAAGGAAGAAGAGGAGAAGUUGAAGGAGGUGGAAGAGGAAGAAGAAGAUGAACCACCACUGCAAAGGAGGAGAGGGAAGCACAGUGGCAGCAAGGAUGAAGAGAUGGAGAAACGGAUUUCGGAGUCGGUCGCCGACUUAUCCCUGGGCGAAGAAGAAGAGGUAACUAUGUACAUCCCCAAGGAUGAGCAAGAAACCGCUAUGAGAAAACGGGAAGCAGAAGAAGAUGUCCUGAAGCGGCAGGUGAUGGAAGAUGAAACGAGGAUGGAGUGGAAACUCGCAAUGACGAGGGAGAAGAAGAAAAGAGUGGACGCGGCGAGCGAAGUGGUCAAGGAUCUGGAGGAGGUGCAAAAAUUGACUCUACGAUUGACACCCCAGGUAGACCUCCAACAAAAGGUAGAGAUCAUUGCCCAGAGUGUUGAACGUUUAGCCAGAGUGCAAGAACAACAAGACGAGUUUAGCCAAAGCCAGGAUAUAGUUGUGCGUUCAAUGCGAAUGGGAUUUCGGGACUUUGCUUGCGAGCUGGUAGGUGUUGUAGGAGCCGAGGUGAAUCAUCGCCUCGAGAAGACUGAGCGCUUUUGUGUGGGCGCCAUCGAGGGCGUCAAGGUGGCAGCUCCCAAGGAGGAAGAGGCGCGUCCUCGUAGGGAGCCGGUCAAAGUCAAGUUCCCUGAUUCCUACAGUGGAAAGAAGGAAGAAAACUUUGACAACUGGGAGGCCAACGUCAAAACCUAUGUGCAUCUGCAACAGGUCUCCCCAGAUCAGCACGUGUUGAUUGCGAUUCAUGCGCUUAGAGACGAGGCCGCCAGUUUCGCAAGGUCCCUAGUCCGCGCGGCCAACUGUAACAACGAUGCGGUGGCCUAUUCAUCGUUCACUCCCCUCGUUGACUUCAUGAAAUUGCUGCGCGAGCAAUUCGCUGAUGUCGCUCGCAGUGUCAAGGCCUCAGAUAAGCUCCAAACCAUCCAUGCUCAUAAAUGGAAGAGUGUCAGGGCACUCAAGGGCACGAUGGAUGAGUUAGUGGCUGUCCCUGACCAUGGAGUCACGGAGGCCCAAUUGGUUGGCCUCUUCUAUCGGGCUAUGCCCGAAGCCUUUCGAGGGCACUUCUUCGCGAAGAGCGAAGACCCUGCCACCACUUAUGAUUCUCUUAGUCGUGAAGUGGUGGCUUUUGAAGCGAAGUUGGUGUCGCUCUCUACCUUCUGGCACAAAGACCUCGACAAAGGAAAGCAAUGGAAAGGUCGCACGAUCUCAGGGCAAGUUAAGACUAAGGAUAGUCUUGUCCUGACUUUAGACAAAGGUAGUGUCGGCGAGAUCCCCUAUGAACAGAUUGAAUGGGGGUUAGAGGACGAGGACAGCGGUGCGAGUCAGGGGAGAACUUACGCUGCUGUUGCGGCUGGAGGGAGGCCGCAAGGAGGAGGACGAGGCCAAGGCCAAGGGGGCCGGGCCUCAGGGAGCUACAAGACCCUCCAAGAACAUCAGGGUCAUCUCAGGCAGGUCUUGGAGAAGCUGAGAGAAGCAAACUUCAAGAUCAAUGCAAAGAAGUGCGAUUGGGCGAAGACCCAAGUCUUAUAUCUAGGCCACGUCUUAGACGGAGACGGCGUUAAGCUAGAAGACGGCAAAAUCGCAGCGAUUAGAGAUUGGCCCACGCCUCGUACGCUAACAGAGUUGCGAUCAUUCUUGGGCUUAGCUAACUACUAUAGGAAGUUCGUGAGGAACUCCUCCACUAUCGCUGCGCCCCUUCGCAGACUGCUCAGGAAGGAGGCCAUCUGGAAGUGGGAUAAGGAUUGCACGUCUGCCAUGAAGAAGUUGAAGCAUGCAUUGAUAGAGUACCCAGUCCUUAAGGUAGUCGAUCCGUCCUUGCCCUUUGUCGUUACUACGGACGCUAGUCAGUACGGCAUAGGUGUUGUGUUGCAGCAAGACGAUGGCAAUGGUUAUAGACCCGUAGAGUUCAUGUCCGCUAGGAUGCCUUCAGAGAAGGUUGCGACAUCUACCUAUGAGAGGGAACUCUACGCUCUCAGGCAAGCAUUAGAGCACUGGAAGCAUUACUUGCUUGGGAGGCACUUCAAAGUCUAUUCUGACCACGAGACCUUGCGAUGGUUAAAGACGCAGGCCAAGAUGACACCUAAGCUUACUAGGUGGGCCGCAGAAAUAGAUCAAUACGACUUUGAGCUCAAGCCGGUCAAAGGGAAGCUGGAAUUGCAGUUGCCUACCCAUAAAUGCCAUAGCCAGGACUUCUAUGUUCACCCCAGGCGCAGUGCUGUUGUCGUCUGGGAGACGACACGGUGCUCUUCUUCUAUGCAGCGAACAACGUCUGCGAAACCAGCAACAGUAUAAGGAUUACAAUUGUAAGCAAGGAGACAUACAUUAAUGGCAUAGUACGCACAACGCCCUCGCUGUAGCGCUAUGACAUU